AUGGCAUCCGAGUGUUUAGACCCUGAAGUACAAUACAAAAUCGCCCGAUUAUAUCGAAAAGGAAUCGGAACGCCAGUCGAUGAGAAUCUCGCAUUUCAAUGGUACAAAAAAUCGGCUGACAACGGAUUUAACAAAGCGAAAUGUAAGCUCGGCAAAUGCUUUGAGAAAGGAAUCGGUGUCUCGAAAAAUACGCGAAAGGCUGUUUGGUGGUAUAAAAAAGCGGCGAUUGAGCAAACUUCGCAAAAUUCGUCUGCUGGCGAUUAUUAUCUUGGCUCUUGCUAUCAUGAGGGUAUUGGUACUUUAAAAGAUAUUCAUAUGGCGUUGCGAUGGUAUCGUAAGGGUGUCAAUAAAAAUUGUAAACUUUCUGCGAAUAUUCUCUUGCAGAUGUUGAAUCACAAUGAUG